AUGGCUCAGCGUGUGGUCCUUAGGAGAUUGUUGGCACCCAUCUUCUCUAGGAAGCUCCCUCAGUGUCGCCCGGUGCCUCUCAUUCCUGAGGUUCUGGCCCAGGGCAGCUCCAGCAGACCCACUACUGCUACACCCAGUUUAGCCCGGACGUUCUCCACUACCAAGAUCUCCAAUGUUAUGUUUAACGUCCAGGAUGGGCCUGACUUUCAGGACAGAGUCGUCAACAGUGAGACGCCAGUAGUUGUGGAUUUCCAUGCGCAGUGGUGUGGCCCCUGCAAGAUCUUGGGGCCCUGGUUAGAGAAAAUGGUGGCAAAGCAGGAGGGGAAGGUGCUGAUGGCCAAGGUGGACAUUGACGACAACACAGACCUCGCCAUCGAGUAUGAGGUUUCUGCUGUGCCAACUGUGCUGGCCAUCAAGAAUGGGGACAAUGGGGACGUGGUGGACAAAUUUGUGGGCAUCAAAGACGAAGACCCGAUGGAGGCUUUCCUCAAGAAGCUAAUUGGCUGCUGA